UUUUUUGGUCUUUUCUCUCUCCCCCCACUCUCUCUCUCUCUCUCUCUCUCUCUCUCUCUUCCAAACAACGACAGAACUUUUCUCUCUUUCUUCUCCAAACAAAGUCAAACUCUCUUCUCCACUGAAACCUUUCCAACCUCAUCCAUUCAUUUUUCCAAACCAGGUCACAAUCCAAACCAGAUCUACUCUAAUUUCAUGUUUAAUUUUGCUUUUCUUCUCCUGCAUUUCAAUCGUUGUUACUGUUCCUUUGCUUUUGGCUCGUGAAGAUAGCACAAGUUUCUUUCUUUAUGAUUUGUGGCUGCUGAGGAGGUUAGCACAAUGGAAGAAGAGCCCUUGGAUUCUGGGUUGCAAAUUUCUCUGUCUUCAGAUGGUAUGGAAGAAGACUUACAAUCUAAUCACACAUUUAGUAUCAUCACAUCUAGUAUCAUUGAAGGCCCCAUUGUCAAUGGCUCCUCUAUGAAAACCGAGAAGACCUCAUUAGUGAUGUUCGUAAGAUUGGGUUGUUGCAAGGGUAUGUUAUGGUAAUCAAAAGAUCUAAAGGCAAUAGAUAUGUGGCAAUAGAUAUUCUGGUAAGAUCUAAGAGAUAGAUGCUUUCUGGUAUGAAUAGAUUCUUUGAACUUGAUCUUGUCUUUUUAUGGGGUUAGGCAAACUGAAUUUUGUGAAUUACUUUCUAGUGGAUGGAGCAUGGAACAUGUUGAUGACUUGAUAAGAAGACUAUGUUGUAGAUUGUAGUAUGCUUGUGAAACACAUGUUGCCUUUGUUUUCAAACCACGUAUAAGAAGUUUGCAGAUGGCAUAUAGGAAGUUUGCAAAUUGCAAAUGGCAUAUAGGAAGUUUGCAGAUUAUGAAACACAUGACAUAAUAAACUAUGUAGUUAAUCUUGAUCACCUUGUGAUAUAGUAAUUGAUGGUAUUUUUGACGGUCUGCAUUUUGUUUCUUUGUGCAGAGAGCAAGAAAUUUUUUGAAUUUUUUGAAGUGUGACUCUCUUUAAGGAAGAGCUUAAAGAAGAAAGUCAUAUUAUUUUAGGGGAUUUAUUCAAUGUACUUGGUCCGGAAGAUUUCUGUGCAGCAUUCCAUGGACUAUGUUAGGGGACAUAUUAAUAGGGGAUUAUUUGAAUCAAUUGACAUAGCUUCAACAAUGUAACUUUAUGUUCAUUGUGGAUUUGAUUGAAUGAGUUGUAUUGAGAUUAUGAUCGGGGCUUAUGCAUUUAUUUUUAUCAUUGGCCAACACAGGACCCCAAAACAGGGAAUUUUUUUUCUUGAGACAAGAUAAGGAAAGUAACACUACACCAGAACCAUUAUUCAUAAAGGAAGACAAGUAUACACAUACUAAUAAUGAUGUUUUGUCGUGGUGUGAGAGAGAGAGAGAGAGAGAGAGAGAGGGGAGAGAGAAAAGAAGGAAGAAAAGACCAAAAAGAAAUCUGACUCGAGGGUAUUUUGGGAAGUAGAGAAAGAUGUGAUGAGAGAUAGUUUUUAAGAGAGAGCAAUUUACAAUUUGGGGAGUGUAAAUUUUACUCCCCAAAAGAAGGAAAACAGUCAAAGUAACCAACAAGUGCAAUUUUAGCAAACCAGAAGGACUAAAAUUGCAACAACUCCAAAUGUUUAAAACCUCAAAGUCGUCGACUGUAGUACGAUGAAGAAGUCCCAUGGAUUCUACAAUCAAGUUCGUUUGACCAACUUCUGUCAGACAUGGUUUGCCCCAUAAUAGUAUAGUUGUUGCUAUCAUCAUGUCAUACAACUCAGCUGUACGUUCUCCAGAGACCAUGUUUAGCGUCCAGGUAUUUGGUGAUGAGCAGGAUCAGGUGGAGGGAGAAAACAAGUCCGCCAUGAAGUUGCAGAAGAGCUACUUCGACGUGUUGGGCCUUUGCUGCUCAUCCGAAGUUGCUCUGGUGGAGAAUAUCUUGAAGCCUCUUAAUGGUGUUAAAGAGGUCUCAGUCAUUCUCCCUUCUAAAACUGUCAUUGUCGUCCAUGAUAGUCACCUCAUUUCCCAGAUUCAGAUUGAUGAGGCUAUGAAUGAAGCAAGGCUAGAAUCAAGUGUCAAGGUUCAUGUGGAGAAUUACAAGAAAAAAUGGCCUAGUCCAUAUGCAAUUGCUAGUGGUGUAUUGCUGCUCCUAUCAUUGUUAAAGUAUGUAUACAGCCCAUUACAGUGGUUGGCCCUAGGAGCAGUAGCAGCUGGUAUUUUUCCGAUUUUAAUGAAAUGUGUAUCUUCGAUUCGGAAUCUUAAGAUUGACAUCAACAUUCUCGUCAUUGUUGCAGUGAUUGGAACAAUUGCUAUGAGUGAUUAUGUGGAAGCUGGUACUAUAGUCUUCCUGUUCACCAUUGCAGAGUGGCUUGAAUCCAGGUCACGUCAUAAGGCAAAUGCAGUGAUGUCAUCUUUGAUGAGCAUGGCCCCCCAAAAAGCUGUCCUAGCAUCGACAGGAGAUAUUGUGGAUGUUGAUAUGGUUGAGUUGAAUACAAUUCUUGCUGUUAAGGCUGGUGAAGUUAUACCAAUUGAUGGAAUUGUUGUGGAAGGCGAAGCUGAAGUGGAUGAGAAGACGCUAACUGGAGAGUCAUACCCAGUUGCUAAACUAAAGGACUCCACUGUCUGGGCUGGCACUGUCAAUCUCAAUGGUUACAUUAGUGUCAAAACUACAGCCUUAGCUGGAGAUUGUGUGGUUGCUGAAAUGGCUAAACUUGUGGAAGAGGCCCAGAACAGAAAAUCCAAAACUCAAAGAUUUGUUGAUAAGUUUGCAAAGUUCUACACUCCAGCGGUCCUAUUCGUAUCUGUUUCUGUUGCGGUGAUCCCAGCUGCUUUACAUGUUCCUAAUUGGAGCAAAUGGUUUCACUUAGCUUUGGUAGUUUUAGUGAGUGCUUGUCCAUGUGCUCUCAUCCUCUCUACACCUGUUGUAACUUUCUGCACACUUACGCAUGCUGCAACAUCUGGACUUCUAAUCAAAGGGGGUGACUACCUCGAAAUUCUUGGCAAAAUCAAGACUAUGUGUUUUGACAAAACUGGUACAAUAACAAGUGGGGAGUUUUUUGUGAUGGAUUUUCAAUCUCUUCGUGAGGACAUCAGCUUGAACACAUUGCUUUACUGGGUUGCAAGCAUUGAGAGAAAGUCGAGUCAUCCAAUGGCAGCUGCACUGGUUGACUAUGGAAGAUUGCAUUCAAUUGAGCCAAAGCCUGAAAACGUGGAGGAAUUUCAAAAUUUUCCAGGCCAAGGCAUUCAUGGAAGAAUUGAUGGACAAGAUAUCUACAUUGGAAACAGAAAAAUUGCUUUGAGAACUACUUCUGGAACAGUUCCAACCAUGGAAGACUAUGGAAAUGCUGGGAAGACGAUUGGAUACAUAUACUGUGGAGGAACCCCUGCAGGAAUCUUUACACUAUCUGAUACUUGCCGAUCUGGGGCUGCAGAGGCUGUUCGGGAGCUGAAGGCAAUAGGCAUUAAAACAGCUCUUCUCACAGGAGAUAGUCAUUCUGCAGCUAUACAUACAAAUGAGCAGCUUGAGCAAGUUUUUGAAGUGGUCCAUGCAGAACUUCUACCUGAAGAGAAGGCAAGAAUUGUUAAUGAAUUUAAGAUGGAAGGAUAUACAGCUAUGGUUGGAGAUGGUAUCAAUGAUGCCCCUGCUUUAGCCACAGCCGAUAUUGGUAUCUCAAUGGGAAUUUCAGGGUCAGCCCUUGCUCAAGACACUGGGAAUGUGAUUUUAAUGUCGAAUGACAUUAGAAACCUACCAAAAGCGAUCCAGCUUGCAAAAAGAGCUAACAGGAAAGUGAUUGAGAAUGUCACUUUGUCAAUGACUCCUAAGCUAGCUGUCCUUGCACUAGCCUUUGCUGGUUAUCCACUUGUUUGGGCUGCAGUUCUCGCCGAUGCUGGGACAUGCGUACUUGUAAUUCUCAACAGCAUGCUACUUCUGCAAGGAAGUAACAAGAAUGGAGACAACUCUAAACAACCUGAUGUCCUUCAUCCUGUAAGCAACAAGCAUAGUCUAUUGCCUCGUAUAAACCAGCAGUGCUGUUCGGACAGUACUCAGAGUAGCACUACACAAGUGUGCAAACCACAGAAGUGUUGUUCCAACAGUAACGCUGCAGAAGGAUGCAAACCACAAAAGUGUUGUUCUCAGAGGUCUGGAACAGAGUGCCUGCCUAGUCCUUCCAAUUCAGGUAUGGCUAGGAAUGAUGAGUGCAUGAACUCGAUUGAAAGUAAUUGUUGCCUUACCAGUGAUGUCUGUGACUCCGCCAGCUGCAAAAGUAAUGGUUCCAAAGUUUCAUCUCUUACUGUGCCACUACUGCAUGAUUGCCCUUGAAGAUGUGGCUUGGACAGAAAAUUACAUCACAGAUGAAGUGAAAAUACUAUGAAACUCAUAAUCUAGAACAUUGAUCAUUUCUAUUUGUAUUCGCAUUGAUGUUAUGAAUCAGUUACUAAUUUUCCUUCAUCAAACAAGUUACAUUAUAUGUUGAUUAUUGAAUAUCAUUUUCGAAUAAUAUAAUGUGGUAUAAAAAAGCAGGUUUUGAUAUC